AUGGAGGAUUGCGUUUGCUGUGGACUUUGGGCUGGCGGACACUGGUCCUGGGUCUUACCAGGACCAGAACCCAGAAGGCCAGGGACGAACUGCAGCAGCCAGGCGACUACUCGAUCAAAACGCUCUACCUGGUCUUCAACCGUAAGCACAUCCCUAUCUUAUACCCCUACCGCGGUGAAGUUCCAGACCCACGAGUAUCGUCCCCGCGGGGUCGACCCGCCACAGGAGGGCAUCGGGCCGGGCGACAACAACAUGCUCCUGUACCUGGAGAUGACCGACCACGCAGCGUUCCCCAGCGACGCCAUCCUCCCGUACAGCGGCAACCUGGUGGCAGCCGGCAUGAGCGGGACGAUGCUCAUCUCGCAGCAGAACUUCUGGACGCGCUAUCUCCUCCGCGACACCGAGCCGCUGAUCCUGGCGGACCUGAACCAGGCCACGUGGCCGUACGUCGCGAGCACAAACCUGGCAACCAUGUUUCCGGAAUACGACAUCCGUCUGGGGGCGUCCAGUCACGGCAAUGCCUUCUUUGCUUGGGUGGAGGAUCCCGCAUCGUCGGAUGGCAACACGCAGUGCUGGAACUGGCACUGGGCGCCCGUCCAUAACUCCCGAUACCAUCCACCCAGCCCUAAGAAGGAAUAUGAAAGGAAGGAAGGAAGAAAGAACCCUAAAAGUGUAGACGAAACAGUCAAACAACAACCAAGACCAAGGAAGCCCAUGCACGGACGGGGAUUUUGA